AUGGAGCUCUCUUCCAGAUCGGCAUCAAGGCUUCUUAGAAGCUGCAACCGCAUCACAGCCAGAGGUCUUCCUCACCUCGCAAGAACGGGUGGCCAUGGCCUGGCGCCGGCAUCUCAAAGUUUGGCAUUAUUAUCAUUAUCUCGCCGGAACCUGAGCAACUCGUCCUCUUCACACGCGCAACCUGAGAACUCUCUUCUGAGCUUCGCCAGCGGCUCCUCGUCGCCAUCGUCGGGGGGUCCACAAACGUACUUUUCACAACGAUCCUCGCUUCCCGCGAAUACCGUGGUUCGCUUCGUCCCGCAACAGACGGCAUGGAUCGUGGAGCGGAUGGGCAAGUUCCAUCGUAUCUUGGAACCGGGGCUGGCAAUUUUGAUUCCGUUUCUUGAUCGGAUUGCAUAUGUCAAGAGUUUGAAGGAAAAUGCGAUUGAGAUUCCGAGUCAGAAUGCGAUUACUGCGGAUAAUGUGACGCUGGAGCUUGAUGGUGUUUUGUACACGAGGGUCUUUGAUGCUUAUAAGGCUAGCUACGGGGUAGAAGACGCCGAAUAUGCCAUUUCUCAACUCGCCCAAACGACGAUGCGAUCCGAAAUCGGUCAAUUGACGCUGGACCACGUCCUCAAAGAGCGUGCCACAUUGAAUACCAACAUAACCCAAGCCAUCAACGAAGCAGCGCAAGACUGGGGUGUCGUGUGCCUGCGUUACGAGAUCAGAGACAUCCACGCACCCGAAGGUGUUGUGGCCGCCAUGCACCGCCAGGUCACAGCAGAGCGGUCGAAGCGAGCCGAGAUCCUGGAGUCGGAAGGUCAGCGACAAAGUGCGAUCAACAUUGCGGAGGGACGUAAACAAUCGGUUAUCCUCGCUUCGGAAGCGUUGCGCGCUGAGCAGAUCAACAGAGCCUCUGGUGAGGCGCAGGCUAUUGAACUGAAAGCCGAAGCCACGGCACGAGGAAUCGAUGCUGUUGCAAAGGCGAUCCGGGAUGACAAGGAGAAUGCGCACAGUGCUGUCAGCCUCAGCAUUGCCGAGAAAUACGUCGAUGCGUUUGGCAACUUGGCCAAGGAAGGCACGGCGGUUGUGGUCCCUGGAAAUGUUGGUGAUAUUGGGGGUAUGAUUGCAAGUGCACUUUCGGUGUAUGGAAAAGUCUCAGAAGGCCAGUCGAAGGCGCUAGCUGCCAAGACCCUUGGAGCCCCUGCGUCUGAAACAGGCCACGAGGAGCCAGCCAGCCAUGUUAAAGAUGCCGAGUCCUAUCUGAAUGGCAGUGAAGAGUCUGCCGAGUCGGGGAACAACACCAAUCAGAGCAACGUUGCUGAGAGUGUGCUGAACAGUUUCGACCAGACUACGCAGCGAAGGCGGUAG